UUCGCAGCAGUUUUCGCAGAUGAAGACAGUCAAUCAAAAGGAGAUCAAUUAGCUCUGAUUGACUUGGAGAACGUUGAUGACUUCCCGAUACUUGAUGAACCAGGAGAAUUAUUGCUUGUCAGGGAGAAGCGAGGUUCCAAGGGAGGCGGCGGUGGUGGCGGCGGCUACGGCGGCUAUGGUGGCGGCGGAGGCGGAGGCAAGAAGGGUGGCGGCGGCGGUGGUGGCAAGAAGGGCGGCGGUGGCGGAAAGAAAGCUAGCCGCAUGAUGGGCUAUGGCGGAGGCGGUGGUGGCAAGAAGGGCGGCGGUGGCGGCGGCGGAAAGAAAAGCGGCCGAAUGAUGGGCUACGGCGGCGGCGGCGGAGGAGGCAAAAAGGGCGGCGGUGGAGGAAAGAAGGGCGGUGGUCGUAUGCGAUCCUUCAUGCAGAAGAUGAAGAAGAGGAUGCGUGGUGGCGGCAAGAAGGGCGGUGGAGGAGGAGGCAAGAAAGCCGGCAGAAUGAUGGGCUACGGUAACGGCGGAGGUGGCGGCGGCAAGAAAGGCGGCCGAGGCGGAGGCAAGAAGGGUGGCGGCGGCGGCCGAGGAGGUGGCAAGAAGGGCGGCGGUGGAGGCGGCAAGAAGGGCGGCGGCGGAGGCGGCAAGAAGGGCGGCGGCGGAGGCGGCAAAAAGGGUGGUGGCGGUGGUGGAGGCGGUUAUGGCCACGGAGGCUGG